CGUUGUUAUCGCGCGUCCGUCGCGGUGUCCGGCGGCCGGCUCUCCAUCGUGAUCACAUUCAUUCCAACCCCGGGACGCGACACAAGCGCCUGUUAAAUUAAACGCUCAGCCUAAAUCGUUAUCCACGCUAUUAUCAACAAACAAAACUGGCCACUGCAUAAUACCGCACCACCGUGUUUUAUAGACGAUGUUUUGUGAUAGCAGCGGUCCGCAUUUCGAGGAAGCCCUCCUCAAUGACCAACUUCUGUUCGAGUACUCGCCGGCCGAAAGUCUAAUAAACUUCGAACUCCCGUCCUUCGACUCGGACACCAGCGACUGGCAGCUCAGUGAUUUGGAUUUCAAUUGUGACGGUUUCGUAAUCGGCGCCGACGAUCCAAACAAGGAAGAGAACAAUCUUGUCGACGACUUGCCAGUUUUUGAUUUUGAAGAUUUAGACAAGAGCAUUAUCGACGAAUAUUUAUUGGAAGCGUUAAGCAGCGAUCUUUCUAACGACGCUCAGCUUUCAAAUACGGAAUCAAUACCGAAUAUUAGCUCAGUAUAUGCACUAGAAACUCAUGAUUAUACCUCAAUAGAAAGCGAAUGGCCGAGACCACGAGAAAAAGCAACUCCAGAAGUCAAAGUUCGGUUCGGCGAACCCAAAUAUUGUCCGGAAGUCGGCGCUUUUCGAUGUCCCGUUGAAGAAUGCAGCAAACUUUACGCAAAAGCGUCACAUGUUCGAGCUCAUUUACGGAGACACAGCGGUGAAAAGCCUUACCGCUGCACGUGGGGUGACUGUUCGUGGCGAUUCGCGCGCUCAGAUGAACUAGCUCGACAUCGUCGCAGUCACUCAGGGGACAAACCUUACAGAUGUGUUGAAUGCGAAAAGAGAUUUGCUAGAUCUGACCACCUCGCCAAGCAUGGUCGUGUGCACGCACGUCGCGCCGCCGCUGCAGCCGCCGCUGCUGCAAGACGCGCUGGGACCACACCACACACUCACCGUAGGAGUUCAAGGAGUAUUCUACUUUUGUGA